AUGCACUCCGCAUACGACAGCUCCCUAGCUCCACCCACCCCAGCAGCAUCCUCUUUCGACACAUCCACGAGCAGUAUCUCAUCACCCACAGCCCUCUCUAACGUCGAAGUCUCCUCGCCCCCGUCUCCGCGUUUAACCAAGCCCACCUUGCGCAAUAUGGUAUUCUCGACGGUGAUAGGCUCUGGCGUUGCGCUCACCCGGGGUGCACCUCGAAGGCUCGCUUCCGGGAGGCUGUGA